GCGGCGGGAACCAUGACAGAAGAUGACCGAGGCGGCGCUGGUGGAGGGCCAGGUCAAGCUGCGGGACGGCAAGAAGUGGAAGAGUAGGUGGCUGGUGCUGCGCAAGCCGUCGCCCGUGGCAGACUGCCUGCUGAUGCUGGCCUACAGGGACCGGGCGGAGCGCGCCAAGGGCCUGCGCGAGCGCAGCAGCCUGACGCUGGAGGACAUCUGCGGCCUGGAGCCCGGCCUGGCCUACGAGGGCCUGGCCCACACGCUGGCCGUCGUCUGCCUGUCGCAGGCCGUCAUGCUCGGCUUCGACAGCCGCGAGGCCAUGUGCGCCUGGGACGCCCGCAUCCGCCACGCCCUCGGCGAGGUGCACAGGUUCCCCGUGACGGUGGCCCCGGGCACCAAGCUGGAGAGCGGCCCUGCCACCCUCCACCUCUGCAACGACCUGCUGGUCGUGGCCAGGGACGUGCCCCCGGCCGUGGCGGGGCAGUGGAAGCUGUCGGACCUCCGGCGCUACGGGGCGGUGCCCAACGGGUUCAUCCUGGAAGGCGGGACCAGGUGUGGCUACUGGGCCGGCGCCUUCUUCCUGGCCUCCGCCGAGGGGGAGCGGAUCAGCUUCCUGUUCGACUGCAUCGUCCGGGGCAUCUCCCCGACCAAGGGCCCCGCCGGGCUGCGGCCGGUCCUCCCAGACGCCGGCCCUGGGGGGCCCCCCACCGCGGAGGAGCGAGUGGCCCAGGAGGCCCUGGAGGCCCUGCAGCUGGAGAAGCGGCUCAGCCUCCUCUCCCACUGCGGCCGGCCGGGCAGCGGAGGCGACGACCGCAGCCUGUCCAGCUCCUCGUCGGAGGCCAGCCACUCGGACGUCAGCGCCGGCAGCCGGCUGGCCGCGUGGCCGGAGCAGUCCUCGUCCUCCGCCAGCGCCUCGCAGGAGGGGCCCGGGCUGGCGGCUUCCGCCCUCGGGGAGGCCGCGCCGGGCGCCUCCCGGCCGCCCCCCAGGCCCCUGCGGCCGCGGCAGCUGCAGGAGCUGGGCCGCCAGAGCUCCUCGGACAGCGGCAUCGCCACGGGCAGCCACUCCUCCUACUCGGGCAGCUGCUCGUCCUGCGCGGGGAGCAGCCUGGACGUGUGGCGCGCGGGCGAGGAGUUCGGCUCGCAGCUCAGCCUGCCGGCGGCGGGGGCGCCCGAGCCCCGCCUGUGCGCCUGCCCGCCCGGGGCCGCCGAGUACCAGGUGCCCGGCGCCCCGCGGCCCCACUACGACACGCCCCGCAGCCUGCGCCAGGCCCCCCGGGACCGGACCCCGGCGGCGCAGGGCGGCCCGGGCGACAGUGCAGCCGGGGACCCGGGCGGCCCGACGUCCGCGGGGUGUCCCUCUGGCUGGCUGGGCGCGAGACGGCGGGGCCAGGAGACGGAGGCCCCGGGCAGCGAGGCGGCCCCGCCCAGCCCGGCCCCCCCAGAGCCCUGGGAAGCAGGCGGCCUCCGCGCGGGGCCCCCGCCGGCUUUCUUUUCCCCGUGCGCGGCCUGCGGAGGACUCAAGGUAAACCCCGCUCCCUAGGCGGGGCCGCCGCGGGGGUGUCCGUUAGCCGUUCGGGGCGUCGG